GCUUCCAGGAUCCUUGCAGCCAACAGGCAAUGAAAGUUCGUCCUAGCAUCCGUCACGUUAAAUUUUGCCGAGCCGGCGCAGAAAGAGCAUGUUCUUGGUUUCCCAUUCAUAUAGAUUUUUGGAUUCAGUUUGGUUCUUAUCGUUAGACGGAGCAGUUCAAUGGAUCAUCCGCUGGACGGUCACAGUUUGAUCAAACUUUAUUGAAGUGUCAGUGAUAGCUGUUGUUAAAAAAACAUGUUCAAAGUGGUUGAAAUGCGUUAAAAUAGUGAUUACGUUCGAUACAAGCGCAAAUUCUAUUUACAACAUUCAAUGGCGAUGGAGAUCUACAUGGAUUCGUGCAAUGCUAGAUGCUGGGUGUUUGCUUUCUUAUUAACCAGUGUAGCAUGUUACAAUAUAUCUUCCGACCGGCUACACAAUCUUAAUUUAAACCAUCAUUUAACAAAACUGCUUUGGAUGGUAGACUGGCGAGAGAAUGAAGUAUAUUUCCAUAUAAACAAUUCGUUCGAACAUGGAAAGUUCCCAACGUUUGGUAUAGGGUUUUCACAGCGUGGUGAACUAUCGCGUACGGAUUUUUGUGUGUUCUCCUCUGUGCAUAACCUGUACCAUCAGGUGUACGAUACGUAUACAUCCCGCGACAGUAAACACCUCUUCAUGGAUACGCUGCAGAAUUGUGACGUUAUUUACAUGGACGACAACUCUGUGGCGUUUCGACGUAAAUUCGACACCUGCGAUCCUCAAGAUGUUGUGUUUCACACCGGCACCAUGUACCUUGUGUGGUGGCGUACAGAUACACCGUUGGAAUGGAAAAACGAUUUCACCGUAAUGCCAAACACAAGCCUACAGAAUCAAGGUGUGCUACCGGUGCAGCUGCUGAGAGCCGAUAAGAUACGCAUUCAGGAGAAUGGGCAAGUUUUGAAGAAGAUUGAAGUACAUCUGGACCGUGUCGCGGUACCGGCAGUGGAGACAACGUACUGGUGCAAAAUACAGCGUCUUGAUCCGUGGCUGAUAGAUGCCAAGCAUCAUAUCGUGCAGUUCGAACCAAUAAUAGACAACGAGGAGCUGGUACACCAUAUGGAAGUGUUCCAGUGUGUUGCCAACAAAAUGGAGAUCCAUACAUACAACGGUCCAUGCUCCGAUAUGCCCGCAUCUGGACGGUUGUGUUCGAAGGUGAUGGCACUGUGGGCGAUGGGUGCUGGUUCGUUCACUUACCCGAAGGAAGCGGGACUACCGAUCGGUGGUAAAGAGUUUAAUCCCCACAUUCGUCUGGAAGUGCACUUCAACAAUCCGAAGCUAAAGUCCGGCGUCAUUGAUAGUUCCGGCAUGCGCAUCAACGUUGUGUCGAAGUUACGUCGCUAUGAUGCUGCUAUCAUGGAGCUGGGGCUGGAGUAUACGGAUAAAAUGGCCAUACCACCAGGGCAGAUAGCAUUUCCACUAUACGGGUAUUGUAUAGCCGAGUGUACACAGCUGGCACUGCCAAAAACAGGUAUCGUCAUAUUCGGCUCACAGCUUCAUACACAUUUGCGCGGUGUACGGGUUCUUACACGUCACUUUCGAGGAGCGGAAGAGCUUCCAUUAGUAAAUCGUGAUGACUUCUUCUCGCACCACUAUCAAGAGAUACGGCAGCUUCGUUAUAAGCCUCAUGUUCUGCCGGGUGAUGCUCUAGUUACAACAUGCUACUACGACACGCGCGGUUACAAAACUUUAACUCUUGGAGGCUUUUCAAUCAGCGAUGAGAUGUGUGUAAACUACAUUCAUUACUAUCCUGCAACGGCGCUGGAAGUAUGCAAAAGCUCCAUCUCCGAAAAGUCACUGCAUGAUUACUUUGACUACAUGAAGCAUGUUGAAAAGCAAAAUAUAUCCUCAGCAAGUGGUCCACGUUCGGCAAACUAUUUAUCGAUUGAUUGGGAUGCAACAAGGGUAAACGAACUUGUUGAUACGUAUCUUUCGAGCCCACUUAGUAUGCAAUGCAACCGAUCAGAUGGAAUGCGUUUCGAUGGCUUUGAAUGGGAAGAUGCGCCUAUAACAUCGUUCAAGCUUCCCGUACCCGCACCAAAACCGAGGAAGUGUAGCUCCGUUCCAUCUACACUGCGCUGGUUCAAAUCGUUGAACGAAGGGCUUUGUGAUAAUCUUGGCGAUUGCAUCUAUUCGGAGUCGAAAUUGAAGGAGUGAAGCAAUUUCAGUAAUAGUUUAUCGAACGACUGGAGGUCAAUAUUUAUUGUGUUGUAAAAUGAAAAUCUAAUUUGUGGCGGUAUGCAAGAAGUAGUCUUCGUUCAAUAUGUGUGAAUAAAGAAACGAAUACAAAAGUAUGUUAUAAUAACUAGCAAUUUAA